AUGAACAUCUACGACAGCGUCACCGCGGACGACUGGCCAGUCUUCGACGAGACCUACUACACGGGCGUGGCCGCGCAACAAGAGAACGCCGCGCAGGAGCUGUUCACGGUGCGCGCGACGACGGUAGGCGGCGCCACCGUCGCAUACACGCUGCGCGCCGCCGACGCGGCAUACGACGGGUAUUUCUCCGUCGAGGGCGCCACCGGUGUCGUGUCGACCGUCGCCGGUCGCCCGCUCGAUUACGCCGCCGCGCAGUGGCACCACCUGGUGGUGACGGCGUCGGCGGCGGGGCUGAGCACAGACGCCGUCGCCACGGUGACGGUGACUCGCGACGCGUCGCCCGUGUUCGCGCCGCCGCCGUCGCCGCUCAUGGUCGCCGCGUCGCAUCCCGCCGGCGUCGUCGUCUACCGCGCGCACGCGACCUCCCACACGGGGGCGCCACUGCUCUACUCGCGCGUCGACCCGAGCAGUGACGAGUUCGCGGUCGACCGCGACACGGGCGACGUGCGCACGACCGUGGCGCCACCUCUGAGCCUCGGCGCGCAGACGCUGACGGUGUUGGCGACGGAGCAGGGCGUCGGCGGGCUGUCGGCCCGGCAGACGAUCAACAUCGAGGUUUACGACGUCGCCGGGAACGCACCGAUAUUCACGACUCCCGCCUACAGCGCGGAGGUCCCCGAGAGGGCGCCACCGGGCUACAGCGUGUGCGUCGUCAAGGCGACGGCGGCAGCGGGAGCGGAGGUCGCGUACACCAUCGCGGCGGAUUCGCCGUCCCGCGACGAUUUCGCCGUGGAUGCUGCGAGUGGCGUCGUCACGACGACGCGGAUGCUCGACGCGCCCGCGCUGCUGCAGCUCGUCAUCAUGGCAACGAACCUCGACGUGUCGGCGCCGACAACCACGGCCGUCGUCGGCGUCGUCGUCAUGGAGACGGCGACGUCCGGCGAGGCGCCGGUUUUCGCGCCCGUGCCGGACCCGGUGCGCGUGCACGUGACGUGGCAGCAAGACGCCACCUUCUACACGGUGUAUGCGACGGGCAGCGGCAAACUCCAGUACGUGAUAGACGGAGGCAGUACACUGUACUCGCUGCACGGAGACACGGGAGAGCUGAGUACAAGAAGAGCGCUGCAGCCGACGGACGUCGGCACCAACUACGUCACGAUCAGCGCCACCGAUGCCGACGGCCUCACAGCCGACAUGACCAUGAGCGUGGAGAUCUACUCCGGCUCGCUCGCCUACCCUGAGUACACAGAGCCAUACUACACAGCCGGUGUGCGUGAGGGGCUGCCCCCUGGUGAGCAUGUCGUCAGCGUUGAAGCGUCGGUGCCGGCAGAGAGCGUCGAGUACGAUUUCACGGAGGCGUCCUUGAGCUUCCACAUAGAUCCCAAUAGUGGUGACAUCGUGACACUGGUAGAGCUAAGCUAUGAUGUGCAGUCCCUUCACUACCUCACCGUCAGGGCCUCUGUCACCGGCCAACCCUCACUCUACACAGACGUACUGGUAAGCGUGUUCGUGACGAGCUACCAGCCGCCAGUCUUCUCACCGGUGGCGCCACUGGUGCGCGUCGCCGAUGACGUCACCGCGCAGACGCUCGUGUACACGGUCUACGCGACGCACGGUGGCGCCCCCAUCCGCUACAGCCUGCGUGCCGACGCAGCCAUGUUUGCUGUUGACCCUACACGCGGCGACGUGUCCACACGUGUCGCACCGCCGCUUCUCAUCGGCGACUACGUCAUCACUGUGCGCGCCGAGGACUCGCUGAACAGCGCCCUCUAUGCCGACGUCGAUCUCAACGUAGAGGUUUACAACGCCGCGAUAGUCGUCGAGUAUCCGCGCUUCGAUCAGACGAUUUACGACGCGACCGUGGAGGAAGGCGGGGCGGCCCCGCAGCCGGUCGUCACGGUGCGCGCGGCGACACCUGGUGGCGACUCGGUCAUGUACGAGCUGAAUAACGAGGACGCGGGAUACGACGGCUACUUCGACAUGGUCGAGAAUACGGGUGAGAUCACGACUCUGAGAACACUGGACUACAAUGACAUGCCGCUACACACGCUCACUGUGACGGCAUCCAACGAAGUCGAGCCGGACCUGCAGGACGUGACUGUGGUGCUCGUGCACGUGACCGAGAUGGUGGUGCCGCAGUUCCCGUGCUCGCAGUGUCGCGCCGAGGUGUGGGAGGAUGCGGACGUCGACAGCGAAUUCUACACGCUCACAGUCACCAAUGCCAACAGCUUCCCGAACCUCGUCUAUGCGAUCGAGGACGACGACUCGGGAGGAAUGUUUAGCCUGAGCAAUGUCGCUGGAGAAGCCGUCUUCUCCGUCGCCAAGCCGCUACAGACGGGCGACUACAGCUUGACUGUGAGCGCCACAGAUGGCGCUGCGAGCAGCCUUACAUCACUGAGCGUGAGAGUGAACCCGGCCAACCGACCUAACUUUGCCGCUCCUUCUUACAACGCCAGCAUACUCGAGGUGGCGCCAGCAGGCUCGUACGUGGCAGAUGUGUGGGCGGUGAGUCCGCUAGGAAACCUGGUCACAUACAGGAUUAACAAAGGUAAUGAGAACGACGAGCAGUUUGAGAUCAACGCGGACUCGGGCAUUGUGUCGCUCCGCAAGCCGCUCGACAGGGAAAUCUAUCCGUGGUUCUACCUCAACAUUGUUGCCCUGGACUCCGCGGGCUCGCAGGUGACCUUCUACGUGGCAGACAUCAACGACAAUGCCCCGGUCUUCCCCGAGUAUAACUACACGGGCUUCAUCUGGGAGGGCAUGUCUCACGGAGAACAAGUCCUCAUUGUACGUGCAGUGUGGCUGCUGGACAGGGAGAAGAGAUCGGCUGACCUUGCGGAAGAGAAUGGAUUCUUCCCGACUCCGCCGACAUCACCGGAUCCGAAUUCUCCGCUGGACCGGGAGAUACAAGAUGAGUUCUCGCUGGAGAUCGUUGCCGAGGACAACGCCGGCAGCGGCGGUCACGUGACCAUCACGUAUCUCGUCAUCACCAUCGGCGACAUCAACGACAACGCGCCCGUGUUCGACGUUGCCAUGGAAACCAGCUACAUCAUCUCCGAGGCGGACGGCGUCGGCACCGUCGUCGCCAAGGUGGUGGCGUCGGACGCGGACGCGCCCCUCCCGAGCCCCAACGCCGUCGUACGCUACUACAUGCUGUACGGAGCCGAAGAUCAGUUCCAGGUGGACAGGAUCACAGGCGACGUGUACGUCAGUGGCGCCCUCGAUCGAGCAGCGAAGCCGUCGUACGAGCUCCUGAUCGCCGCGUACGACUGCGGCGCCUACCAGCAGCUGAACGACACGAUCACGCUGACGGUCGACCUGACCGACGUCAACAACCACGCCCCCUAUUUCGCCGAGGCGACGCACGCUGUGAGCAUCGUCGAGGGCGUCGCGGGCGUCUUCGUUACCAAGGUGACGGCCGUUGACCUUGACGAUGGCCUUAACCUGCCGCUGCUCUACAGCAUUCAGGAUGACGUGACGGCGGACUUCGUGAUAGAUCCAGCCGACGGGACAAUCACGACAAAGAGGGCGCUGCGCAUGUCCGAGCAGCUCGCCUACAACUUCAGUGUUUACGCGACCGACGACACCGCCCUCUGGGACAUGGCGUCGAUGGAUGUUCUUGUGUUGCUGGAGGAGAGCAACCUUGAGACGCCGACCUUCGCUGCGGACACGGACAGCGUCACCCUGCUGGAGAAGCUAGCGGUGGACACACUGGUGUACGUGGCAUGGGCGGAGGACGGCGACGUUAGGCGAUAGGCGGAGGUGAUUACACGAUGACGCGGAGCGGCUGUGGAUUACUUCAACAUCGUGUCAGACUAGACA